AUGGGCUCAGGCGACGACGAGCGAUCCACCUCCAAGCACAACCACCGCGACAAGGACAAGGACCGCGACCGCUCCUCGUCUCGCCACCACCGCGACAAGGAGCGAGACCGCGAGCGUGAGCGCUCCUCCUCGCGCCACCACCGCGACGACGGCGACCGGGACCGGGACCGGGAUCGCCACCACCGGGACAAGGAGCGGGAUCGCGAGGAGCGGAAGGAGCGGAGGGCGCGGGAGCGGGAGGAGCGGGACAGGGAGAAGGAGAAGGAGAAGGAGAAGGAGAAAGAGAACGAGCGGGCGCGGCGGCGCGAGGAGAGGGACCGCGAGGAGCGGGAGAGGUCCAGGCGGCGCGGCGAUGCGGAUGGCGAGGAGGACGACGACCGGGACCGCAAGCGCCGCCGCCGGUCCUCGCACCACCACCACCGGGACCCGGAGCCGGACCCGGAGCCGGAGCCGGCGUCGCGGGAGGAGGAGGAGGUGGACGCCGAGGAGGCGGAGCGCCGGCGCCAGCGGAAGAAGGAGGAGGACAUGGAGGCCGAGCAGCAGCGCCUCGACGACGAGAUGGAGCGCAGGCGCCGCCGCGUCAAGGAGUGGCAGGAGAAGCGCCGCGAGCAGCAGCAGCAGGACGGCGGCGGUGCCGGUGGCGCUUCCGCUGCGGCGGCGGCCGAGGCUGAUGGCGUCAAGGCAGCGGGGAAGAAGUGGACCUUGGAUGGCGAGGAGUCUGAUGAGGAAGUGGACAAGGAGGACGGCAAGAAGGCUGAGGAGAAUGGCGGCGCUGGUGAGAUGGAUGUGGAUUUGCCCAAUGGGGGUGGCGAUGCCAACGGUGGUGCUGGGAUGGAGGAGGACGAGAUUGAUCCGCUCGAUGCCUUCAUGAACUCCAUGGUGCUGCCAGAGGUUGCCAAGCUGGAGAGUGCUGCAGCAGCAAUGGACACCGCCCCUGCUGUAGGUGCAGAUGACAAGAAUGGUAAGAGCUCAAAGGGUGCCUUUAGUAAUGGGGAUAAGAAAGGGUCAAGGAAGGCUAUGGGGAGAAUUAUGCAAGGGGAUGAUUCAGAAUCGGACUACGAUGACGCUGAUGAUGAUGGGGCUGGAGAGGAGGAUGAGGAUGAUGAGGAAUUCAUAAAGCGCGUCAAGAAGACAAAGGCUGAGAAGUUGGCAAUUGUUGACCAUUCGAAGAUUGACUACGAACUGUUCCGGAAGAAUUUCUAUAUUGAGGUGAAGGACAUCUCCAAGAUGACAUCUGAGGAAGUGGUAGAUUACCGGAAGCACUUGGAGCUCAAGGUGCAUGGUAAAGACGUGCCCAAGCCAAUAAAGACAUGGGUGCAGAGUGGGCUGACAAGCAAGCUCCUUGACACCAUCAAGAAGCUUGGUUUUGAGAAACCGAUGCCUAUACAGACACAGGCUUUGCCGAUCAUAAUGAGUGGGCGUGAUUGUAUAGGCAUCGCAAAAACUGGAUCUGGCAAGACUCUAGCAUUUGUCCUCCCGAUGCUGAGGCAUGUUAAAGAUCAGCCCCCUGUUGUCCCUGGAGAUGGCCCUAUUGGGCUCAUUAUGGCUCCUACUAGAGAGCUUGUGGUGCAGAUACAUUCAGACAUUAAGAAGUUCUCUAAGGUGCUUGGCAUCAACUGUGUUGCAAUCUAUGGAGGUUCGGGAGUUGCACAGCAGAUCAGCGAAUUGAAGAGGGGUGCCGAAAUUGUUGUUUGUACGCCAGGAAGGAUGAUUGAUAUCCUUUGCACUAGCAGUGGAAAAAUAACUAACCUUCGGAGAGUGACUUUCUUGGUGAUGGAUGAAGCUGAUAGGAUGUUUGACAUGGGUUUUGAGCCUCAGAUUACUCGUAUAGUUCAGAAUACCCGGCCAGAUAGGCAGACGGUACUUUUCUCUGCCACAUUUCCACGGCAGGUGGAGAUACUGGCACGCAAGGUGCUUACAAAGCCUGUUGAAAUUCAAGUGGGUGGGAGGAGUGUCGUGAACAAAGAUAUCACACAACUGGUCGAGGUGCGACCAGACACCGAGAGGUUCUUCAGGCUGUUAGAGUUGCUUGGUGAAUGGUAUGUUAAGGGGAAAAUCCUUGUUUUUGUUCACUCACAAGAUAAAUGUGAUUCUCUACUCAAAGACUUGUUCCAGCACGGGUAUCCAUGUCUGUCCCUUCAUGGCGGCAAAGAUCAGACUGACCGUGAAUCAACUAUUGCUGAUUUCAAGAGCAACGUCUGCAGCUUGCUGAUUGCUACUAGCGUUGCUGCUAGAGGUUUAGAUGUAAAAGAACUUGAACUGGUUGUCAAUUAUGAUGUCCCUAACCAUUAUGAGGACUAUGUCCAUCGUGUUGGUAGAACAGGGCGUGCUGGUAGAAAGGGCAUUGCCGUGACUUUUAUUUCUGAGGAGGAGGAGCGGUAUGCACCAGACCUUGUUAAGGCUCUGGAGCUCUCUGAGCAGGCUGUUCCACAGGACCUAAAAGCCCUGGCUGAUAGGUUUAUGGCUAAGGUGAAACAGGGAACAGAGCAGGCCCAUGGUACAGGCUAUGGUGGUAGUGGUUUCAAGUUUAAUGAGGAAGAAGAUGAAGCACGGAAGACCGCAAAGAAGGCUCAGGCAAGGGAAUAUGGUUAUGAGGAGGACAAGUCAGAUUCAGAUUCUGAUGAGGAGGGGGGAGUGCGUAAGGCAGGAGGUGACCUGGCAGCACAAGCUAUUGCCAAUGCUCAUGCAGCUGCUGCUUUGGUUGCAAACAAGGCUGCUAAUAAUGUUAGUCAGCAAAUACCAGGGUCUGCGACAGUCCCCUUGAUUCCUUUACUCGCAGCAACAAACCAGCAAAAUGAUGAGGCCACUGCUCGGGCACUUAAGGCUGCAAUGAACUUACAACAAAAUCUUGCAAGGAUACAGGCCCAUGCAGUUCCAGAACACUAUGAGGCUGAACUUGAGAUUAAUGAUUUCCCACAGAAUGCCCGUUGGAGGAUCACUCACAAAGAGACACUGGCCCCUAUCCAGGACUGGACUGGUGCUGCUAUCACUACAAGGGGAACAUAUAUUCCUCAAGGAAAAAUUGUUGGUGCAAAUGAGCGCAAGCUCUACCUGUUUAUUGAGGGCCCGACAGAGUCGUCUGUGAAGAAGGCGAAAGCAGAAUUGAAACGUGUCCUUGAGGAUUGUGCCAACCAGGCACUAAAUCUUCCUGGAUCUGCUCAAACUGGAAAAUAUUCUGUUAUUUGA